GAGGAUCAUACAAAGACUCGGAUCCCUCCUGGUAACAUCACACCACUCUCUGGGAUCGUGGGGGAGAAAGGCAUCUUUAUUAUUUUGGGAGUGAAUCUCUCGACUUGUGACACGCUCGUACUUUUGUUUCUCUCUCUCUCUCUUUUUUUUCCUGAUAAACGGGGAAGCCGAGUAACAAGAAGGAAAAACAUGUCCAGUGCCAUCCUGAGAAGAAACUCCAGCAAGGAGGGCUUGCAGAACCUACUGAGAAUCACCGCGCAGCGGAGCAUCGAGGAUGCCGAGGAGAUCGAGCGAGAGCGGCGCCGCCGGGCGCGUGAAGCUUUCCGCAGCACGAGCAGCCAGUCCGACUCCCCGCGGGACGGCGGGACCGCGGCCGAGGACAGCCCGGUGGAGAGCGAGCUGAAGCCCAGCUCCCAGCAGGCCCUGGAGGAGGACGAAGGCUUCAGCGACUGGACCCAGAAGCUGGAGAGGCGCAGGCAGAGGCGCCUGGAGGAGCAGGGCCCCGCCGAGGACGAGGAGGAGGAGGAAGAGCAGCGGCGGCGGCGGCGGCAGCAGCAGCAGCAGCGGGGGCCGAGCCGCGACGAGAGGACACGCCCACCACAAGCGCCCCGGCUGGCCGGCCGGGAGGAGGAGGAGGAGGAGGAGGAGGAAGAGUGGGAGAGCCACAGGAGGAGCAGGAGGUGGAGAGAGGAAGAGGAGGAGAAGCUGAGGGAGGAUGGAAGGAUGAAGGCUGUGAAGAGAGCGGAGGAGCCAAAGAGAGAAAGAGAUGAAAUGGCCAAGGAGAAGAGGAAAGAGGUGAAGGUCUCGUACACAUCCAAAGUCUUCCUGUCACAGGAAGUGAAACACUUCAACGGCAAUGGAGAUGCAGCUGGGGAGGAAGUGACAUCACAUCUCUUGAAAACAAUAAGACCACUGAGGAGCGCGAGCCAGGGCGGGGCCCAGGACCCGGAGGAGGAGGCGGAGGUGUUCCUGGAGACGGAGCAGAAGCUGGAGAAGAUCCGGCGGAGUCUCCAGGAGAAGGAGGUCCAGGAGCUGGAGCUCCUGCGGCAGAAGCAGGCGGAGUCCGAGGCCGAGCUGGAGGAGCUGAAGAAGAGGAGGGAGGAGCGCCGCAAGAUACGCGAGGAAGAGGAGCGCCGGAGAGAGGAAGAGGAGUACCAGAGACAGCUGAAGGAGGAGGAGGAGAGGAGGCACAUGAAGGAGGAGAUAGAGAGGAGGAGGAUGGAGGCGACAGAAAGGAGGAUGAAGAACCUCAGCACCUCCAGCAUAGAGGGGGAUGAGCCAUUCAGCCCAAUCAGCCCCAAGAGCCCCUCCUUUAAGGGUGAGGGUGAAGACAGAGUGGCAGGGGAGACCGCAUAUUCGAUCACUGAGCGGACUGAGUCUCUGAACCGAUCUCUUAAGAAGAGCAACAGCGUUAAGAAGACGCAGCCUCCCCUGCUCAACACCAGCCUCGACAACAAACUGGAGCAGUACAGUCACGCCAUCGAGGAAGCCAAGCUGUCCAAGCAGGGUGUGGUGGACAUCCCCUGCCCCCCAGAGCCUGUGGCCUCCAAGAAGAGCCUGUUUGAGGCCGGAGAGGCCUGGAACCAGAACUCUCCCAAGACCACACCGUCAAAGGAUGCUGAAGGCCUGAAGGUGGGCGUGGCCGACCUGAUCACCCAGUGGGUGAAGGGCAACCCCGACGGCAGCAGCAGGAACUCCCCCUCCAAGCCAGCGGACAUCAAGGCCGGUGAUGUGCUUCACAAGAAGAACAUCUGGGAGUCCAUCAGAGACAGCUCAUCUGCCGAGAGGUCCACUGCCGGGGGGAAGGGUACCCCGUCCGGCAAAAGGUACAAAUUUGUGGUGACGGGCCACGGCAAGUACGAGAAGGUUCCGUUGGAGGACGGCGAAUACGAGGCGUACGCGAACGAGAAACCAGGUGGACUGAGCCUUCAAGACUCGUGAAACAUUGACGAUUCGUCAAACUACAACUCCUUUUCUUUAUUUAUGAUGUCAUUGAUUCAGUCUGUUUUUUUUUACUGAUGCUGUUUAUGUAUAGUGCAGCCAUGUUGCAUUCUGUCAGGCUAAAAGGUGAUACUCAGCAGUGUCAACAAGUACACUAUAUUCCAAAAAUAUAUAAUUAAUCUUGUGUCACAGAUGUAUUCAACAUUUCCCAACUUUAAUCAUACUGCUAGCGGCUGUUUUGUUUUAUGUCUUUAGUCUUUGCUGGCUACAUGCUAAGUAAACUUGUUUAAAAAAAAAUAUAUUUUAUACAACUUUAGUAUAUCAUUCAUUUCUGUUUUUUAUUUUUAUUUUUUACAUGUGAAUCUAUGUUAACUGGAUAGACCUAGAUGUAUAUAUGACUAAUGAGUGUUUCACCUACAGUGCAACUUAAUUUUUUCUUGGGUGUUACUCCUUUGAAAAAGUAUAAGCAAAAUGAAUUCAUUUACAGCACAUAAUGGGUUUAUGUGGGGUAGUUCAUUUUCUGUGAGUACUUUGUUCAUGCAAAUGCCAAUGUACAUCUUGUACUGUUGGUGGUCAUAUGCAAGUAUUUCUAUUUUUUGUAUGUCAUGUUAGUAUUUCAAAUGUUACUUGUUAAUUACUUUUGUUGGUUCCAUAAGUGUAUUACUGAAUCUGCAAAUAUGUUGUAUGAAAUUAAGCCCUUUAGUAUAAAAAAAAACAAAUGCACAAAUGCAGUCCCAAACUGUGCAUUUUUUUGUGGUUAUAUGCGAGGGAUCUGAUUACAGAUAUUAGUAAAGUUGAUACACUGCGCAUUGUAAGAAAGCAAAUAUCUGACUGUGGACACUGAUUCACAUGUUCUUAUAUGAAUGAAGUGGGUAGAAAUCACAGGUUUCAGCAUGAUGCUGGCUCGUAUGUUACAAUCAGACAAAUUUCAGGGCGAAGUAAGUGCCUUAACAGAGGAAGUGUUUUUUUUAGGCUAAUUGGAGACUCUAAAUUGCCCAUAGGUGUGUGAGUGAAUGGUGUGUGUGUGUGCCCUGCGAUGGAUUGGUGACCUGUCCAGGGUGUAUUCCUGCCUCUCGCCCAGUGCAUGCUGGGAUAGGCUCCAGCACACCCCCCGCGACCUUGACCAGGAAUAAGCGGGUAUAGAUGAUGGAUUGUUACGUGUAGCGGGAGAAAUUGACUUGUAAAUGAGCUGUGAACUAGGAACUAGAUAACCUGUGAGUCAUUUUCACUGUGAGAAAAUUGGGACAACACAGCUCAUCCCGAACUUUUUAGCAUUUUUAGCACUCAACUGUUUUUCUUGCUCAGAACUUCACUCAAGACUUUAAUUAUAUAAAACUAUAAAAAAUUAUUGUUUUAAUUUUGUUUUUUUAUUGCUGUAUUAGUUUUCUAGAGAACAUGGACACCGUAUGAUAUUUAUAUAUGAUAAUUUCGGCUGUAUUACAAUGUGUAAAAAUAUUUUCUGUGUUACAAGAAUACUCAUUUGUUUACCCUGAGUACAGGUAUGUUAGGGUUAAUUAAUGUUGGUCAAAAUCGUUUCAAAUAUGAACAGAUCUUGAUAUUGGCUUUAGUAUGAUCUAUACUGCACUCAAAUGCAAAAAAAUAUGUAUGUUAUCAACCUUAAUCAACAUAAUCCAGCACUCUCAAUGUGAUUCUGACUUUUUGAGAAAAAACUGUGCCUUCCCUGUUUUGUGUUCUUUAAAAAAAUAAACAUUUUUGUAUGAUUCCA